AUGUGAGUCGAGUGAGUCGAAAUCACUUCCUGGACUUGGAAAGAGGCACGCAGUAUAGAAAGAGAGAGAGAGGCGAAUAGAGAGAGAGCAAGAGAGAGAGAGAGAGAGAUGGGGGCAGAAAGCUAGGGAAAGAGCUAUCUAACGAGGUGAAGCAGGGGCCUGGCCGGGCAAAUAAGGACCCUGCAAACUUUGCAUCGGAAGAUAACAGUGCGGAACAGAGGAAGAAUUUUAUGGCGGAGAGAUACAUCGGAUGAGCACUUGCGUGCCUCGUGCAUCCCCAGCAGUGCUCCUCUUCCUCCUCCCCCCUCCGUGACGGUGACGGUGUCUGUGAAGGCUCCGGCGGUAGAGGUAGAAGCAGAGGCAGCACCUCCCCACCACCACCGCGCUCCGCCUCCUCCUCAUCCACCACCUCCACCUCCACCUCCUCCACCAUGUCCCAGCUACUCCACGUGGAGAUCCCCAACUUCGGGAGCACGGUGCUGGGCAGCCUGAACGAGCAGCGGCUGCUGGGGCAAUACUGUGACGUCUCCAUCAUGGUCAAGGGCCAGUCCUUCAAGGCCCACCGAGCGGUUCUGGCGGCGAGCAGUCUGUACUUCCGCGACCUCUUCAGCAGUAGCUCCAAGUCGCAGUUCGAGUUGCCCUCCUCCGUGACGCCAUCCUGCUUCCAGCAGAUCUUGUCCUUCUGCUACACGGGCAAGCUCACCAUGGCGGCCAGCGAACAGCUGGUGGUCAUGUACACUGCUGGAUACCUGCAGAUACAGCACAUCGUGGAGCGCGGCAUGGACCUCAUGUUCAAUGCCAACUCGCCGCACUGCGACUCCCAGACGGCGGCCAUCGAGGAGCCCGGCUCGGAGCCGCAGAGCCCCAGCAACAACACCUCCACAUCAGGCUCCGGCUGCAUGUCGGCCGCCGCAGCUGCUUCCGCAGCCGCCGCUGCCGCCGCCGCCUCCCUGCUAGCCUUCCCCGGUUGGUCGACCUCCCUCCCCCCGCCCGCCCGCCGCAUCAAGAUCGAGGGGGGCGGGGACGGGAUGAUGAUGCCCCUCAACCUCCAGAGCUCCGGGAGCAGCAGUAGUAAGCAUCGGGGGGCUGGGGAGAGUAAUGGAACAGGGGGAUCGACAGGUUCGGCGUCCUCUGCUGCUGCUGCUGCUGCCGCUGCUGCUGCUGCUGCUUCAGCCGCGACGGCGGGUAGCAGGGGAGGCGCGCUGAGGGGGAGCUCGCUGUAUUACGCGGCCGCGGGGGGCACGCCGGUGUUCCCUGGCAUGCAGGCGUAUCCGCUGGUCUCCGGGGGAGGAGAGAGGACCAGCCCGGGGGCGUCCAGCCUGCCCACCACGGACAGCCCCACCUCCUAUCAGAACGAGGACGAGGAGUACGAGGAGGAGCCGUACGACGGCAUCACGGAGGAGGCCUACAGCCAGCUGUACGGACGCACUGCCAAUCCCUACGGAAUGGACAAGCCGGAGAUGGCGGCGGUGCCCAUGUCUCUGGAGAGCCGCAACUGCGUGCUGCUGCGCCGCGACCUGGUGGCACUGCCCGCCAGCCUCAUCAGCCAGAUCGGCUACCGAUGCCACCCCAAACUCUACACCGAGGGCGACCCCGGGGAGAAGCUGGAGCUCGUGGCAGGCUCCGGCGUGUUUAUGACUCGGGGCCAGCUGAUGAACUGUCACCUGUGUGCCGGCAUCAAGCACAAGGUGCUGCUGCGUCGAUUGCUCGCCACCUUCUUCGACAGAAACACGCUGGCCAACAGCUGUGGCACAGGAAUCCGGUCGUCCACCAGUGAUCCCAGCCGAAAGCCCCUGGACAGCAGGGUCCUCAACGCUGUCAAACUGUACUGUCAGAACUUCGCGCCCAACUUCAAGGAGAGCGAGAUGAACGUGAUCGCGGCGGACAUGUGCACCAAUGCGCGGCGCGUCCGCAAGCGCUGGCUGCCCAAGAUCAAGUCCAUGCUGCCCCCCGAGGGCAUGGAGGUGUACCGCGGGCUGCCGGCAGGGGGCGCCACGCCAUCGGGACUCGGCCUGGCGGGACUGCUGCCUGGCGGUGGUGGUGGUGGUGGCGGUGGCGGUGGCGUGUCCCUCCUGCCCUUCGAAGCCGAGCUGAAGGCCCUGUACGGCGGCGUCGGUAUCGGGAUCGGGGUGGGGGCUGAGCGCAAGGACGACCCCCUACUGAGGACUCACCUCCAGCUGGACGGCGGCGGGGGCGGCGGCAGCCCGGGGCCCAGCCCCACGGAGGACGGCUCUCCUGGGGACGGGGAUGUGGAGCUGGUGAUGGGGGUGGAGGAGGAGGAGGAGGAGAACGGAGUGGUGGAGGACGAUGAUGAGGAGCCGGGAGGGGAGGGGGACUUGGAGGGGGUGCCUGUCUCCCUCAUCACGGGGACGGGUGAGACCGUGGUGCUGCACGAUGGACAGAGCGCCAGCGAGUUCGCCGAGGGGCUGAGGAUAAACGGCCAGUAGCCAGCCAGCAGUCAGCCGGAAGCCGGCCGGAAGCAGCACUCGGCUCAGGAAGC